AAAAUAAAGCAGCUUGAUAACAGCUAAUAGCUAAUAAUACUAUCGGCAUUUUGAUAACCCGUUUUUAUUUACAAAGUGAUAUCAUUAUUUGACGUCUGGUCAUCAUUUUAUGCAAGCUUAAACGACCUUUGUUUCUUUAUUUUUUAAAAUAUUUACACUUCUACAUUAACUAACCAGCAGAAUCAUGGUAAACUGGGGUAUGAUCGGAGCAAUGGUGCUGCCCAACAUUGGGGGAUGGGCCGGAGCCCUAACAAUGACUGGUGAAGUCAAAUCACCCGACGGCACAGCCUGGUAUGAGACUAUCAAGAAACCGAGCUGGAAUCCACCUAACUGGGUCUUUGGACCAGCUUGGACAGCGUUAUACACUGGAAUGGGUUACGCUUCUUACAAGGUUUAUGAAGAGUGUGGUGGAUUUACAAGUGAUGCAGUGUUACCCUUAACAUUGUUCGGUGGUCAGUUACUUCUGAAUUGGACUUGGACACCUGUAUUCUUUAAAUUUCAUCAGAUUGGUUUGGCUUUAUUACACAUGUUAGCACUGGACGCGGCCGCAGCUGCCUGUACUGCAAGUUUCUUUACAGUUAACAAGAAUACUUUGUACUUCAUGGCUCCAUAUCUAGGGUGGCUUACAUUUGCCACCUGUCUUAAUUUUGCCAUAUGGCAACUCAACAAAGAAACCAAAAAUUAAAUGAUUAUGGUUACUAUUUGUGUAUAUUUUGUAAGUUGCCAGAAUGUUAAAUAAAAAGAAUUUACAUUUUUAUUUUAUUACAAGUGAAAAUAAAUAGUUUUGAAAUAAAAUAUGUAAUAUGGUGUUUUUAUAAGUUCGUUACGUAACUGAUCAAUUAUAUGUGAUUUUGUUUGCCUCUCGCUUGUAUGUACAAAGUAUAUACUUUAAAUUGCUGACAACUUUUAAAAUAUCAUUUAACACACUGGCCACUAUGGGUAAAAGACAAUUUUCUACUGUAUUAACCUUUUGAACACCAUAGUCAUCUAUACUUGACAAGGGCUUGCGAGUCCUGUACGCCAACGACGUCUAUAGGCGACAAAAAACCCGGACCACAAAAAAAUAUUAAAUAAAAUUAUUAAAAAAAUA